GUUUCGGAUUACUCACCGAUCCGAGUUGUGAGGGAGAGGCGUCUGUUUCGGGGAAGCCGGCUGGUGUGGCCGGCACCAUGGAGUCGCCUUUUAGCCCGGGAUUUCCUCGCGGUCCAGAGGAAGACUGGGAGUCCACCUUGUUUGCUGAGCUUGGCUAUUUCACAGAUACUGAUGAGGUGCAGUUCGAUGCAGCAAACGAAACUUACGAAAAUAAUUUUGAUCAUCUUAAUUUUGAUUUGGAUUUGAUGCCUUGGGAGUCAGACAUUUGGAGCUCCAGCAGUCACUUCUGCUCAGUUAAAGACAUUAAGGCAGAAGCCCAGCCUCUUUCUCCAGCUUCCUCAAGUUGUUCAGUCUCAUCUCCUCGGUCCGUAGACUCCUGUUCUUCAACUCAGCAUGUUCCUGAGGAGUUGGACUUGUCUUCCAGCUCCCAGUCUCCCCUUUCCUUAUAUGGUGAAAGCUGUCAUAGCCCCUUCUCAGUAGAGCCACUGAAGGAAGACAAGCCCGUCAUCAGUCCUGGAAACAAAACUGAACAUGGACUGACUCCAAAGAAAAAAAAUCAGAUGAAUUCAAAACCUUCAGUUCAGCCCAAGCCUUUAUUACUUCCAGCAGCACCCAAGACUCAAACAAAUGCCAGUGUUCCAGCAAAAACCAUCAUUAUUCAGACACUACCAGCCCUUAUGCCACUGGCAAAGCAGCAGUCAAUUAUCAGUAUACAGCCUGCACCCACUAAAGGUCAGACUGUUCUGCUCUCUCAGCCCACUGUGGUUCAACUUCAGGCCCCUGGAGUGCUGCCUUCUGCUCAGCCUGUUCUUGCUGUCGCAGGAGGAGCCACCCAGCUACCUAACCAUGUGGUGAAUGUGGUGCCAGCCCCUGUGGUGAACAGUUCAGUGAAUGGAAAACUUUCCGUGACUAAACCUGUCCUACAAAGUACCACAAGAAGUGUGGGUUCAGACAUUGCUGUGCUGAGGAGACAGCAGCGGAUGAUAAAGAACCGCGAGUCUGCCUGUCAGUCCCGCAAGAAGAAGAAGGAGUACAUGCUGGGGCUGGAGGCCAGGCUGAAGGCUGCCCUCUCCGAGAACGAGCAGCUGAAGAAGGAGAACGGCUCCCUGAAGCGACAGCUUGAUGAGGUGGUGUCAGAGAACCAGAGGCUUAAAGUCCCAAGUCCAAAGAGAAGAGCUGUCUGUGUGAUGAUUGUCCUGGCAUUUAUAAUGCUGAACUAUGGGCCCAUGAGCAUGCUGGAACAGGAUUCCAGGAGAGUGAAGCCCAGCGUGAACCCUGCAAAUCAAAGGAGGCAUCUUUUAGAAUUUUCUGCUAAAGAAGUAGAAGACACAUCAGAUGGUGUCAACCAGAAAAACAGCUACAGAUAUGAUCAUUCUGUUUCAAAUGACAAAGCCUUAAUGGUGCUCACUGAAGAACCACUGCUUUAUAUUCCUCCACCUCCCUGUCAGCCCCUGAUUAAUACAACAGAGUCUCUCAGGUUGAACCAUGAGCUUCGAGGCUGGGUUCAUAGACACGAAGUGGAAAGGACCAAGUCAAGAAGAAUGACAAAUAACCAGCAAAAAACAAGGAUUCUCCAGGGUGCUCUGGAACAGGGCUCAAAUUCUCAGCUGAUGGCUGUCCAGUACACAGAAACCACUAGCAUCAGUAGAAAUUCUGGGAAUGAACUGCAAGUGUAUUACGCUUCACCGGGAAGUUACCAAGGCUUCUUUGAAGCCAUCCGCAGAAGGGGAGACACGUUUUACGUCGUAUCAUUCCGAAGGGAUCACUUGCUAUUACCAGCUACCACCCAUAACAAGACCACAAGACCAAAAAUGUCAAUUGUAUUACCAGCAAUAAACAUAAAUGAUAACGUGAUCAAUGGGCAGGACUAUGAAGUGAUGAUGCAGAUUGACUGUCAGGUGAUGGACACCAGGAUCCUCCACAUCAAAAGCUCCUCUGUUCCUCCUUAUCUCCGAGAUCAUCAGAGGAACCAAACCAACACCUUCUUUGGCUCCCCUCCAGCAGCCCCGGAGACGACCCAUGUUGUCAGCACCAUCCCUGAGUCCUUACAGUAGUCCCUGGGCUGCACUGGAAAGCAAGGGGUGGGCUGCCAAUCGGAAGGGCCGGUGAGCAAUGCUGCCCUCUGCUCCUCGCCUAGUGGAGAACUAACUGCCUCGUGCUGUGACUCAGGGAAAGAGAACCAGCGCUGACUUCCACCUCUACCCGCCUGUGCGGAGGAACGUCUGGAGCGCCUUCCUCGUGGUGCGCGGCCCCUGUGGAAGUGUUGCCGGCCGUUGGUGACUCUGUUGUGUCUCUCUUCACUGCUUUCCCUAUUGGAUGUGUCUUGUUCUUAGUCACCUCCCUCCAGAUAAGGCCCACUUCCUCUUUUGUCCACUGCACUUCCUGGCCCAGUAAAGCAAUUUUCUUUAAAGUUUCAGAACACAUGCCCAUGUGGUUUCCACCAAUUGGCUUUCUCUCUCCUUUAACUCAAAUCCAUUCUGAAUCCCAGACUUGAGAAAACACAUUUCAAAAACCCGAACAGCCAAAAGCAUCCCACAGACUCAGAACAGUUUAGGGUUUGGGGUAAAGGGAUCAUCCCCAGUUGGUAAAGUUUACUUUUACUUGUGAUUUGUGGUUCAGCCCUGAACAAAUAACUGUUGUGGGGUCAGAGAGUCAGCCACACCCCGCAGAGAAGGGGAGGGAAGGUCAGUGUGGGUGAGGAGGAGGCGGUGACUCCAUUCACACGUGUGUUUAAACACGGGUUCCCACGGCAGCAGUGUGAGUUUAGAGCCCCGGCUGCCAACUCUGCCAGUCUGCACAGAUCCUUAAGGACCUCAGGGCAAAUGCUUCCUUCCCAUUGUGAGUCCUCAGCCCAGGACACACUUCUGUGAAACCAGACUGCCAAGGAACGUGGAGGUGACUUCAGAUUUAAGCGCAACUAGAGCGUGUUCCCUUAAGGACUGGCAGUGCCCUCAGCCAGCAUGGAUUCCCACUGAGAGGCCACACCAAAAACUUUCACUUUCUCCAGUGGAAAGGUAAUAAAGAAAGUAGCUCUCUUAGUCCAUGGAGGGAAAAAGAAAGAAAAGAAGGAAGGGAGGGAGGAAGGAAGGAAGGAAAGAGGGGAAAGAAAAAAAAAAAGCUAUGGCUGGGCAUAUGCCUUUAAUCCUAGCACCACUCAGAGGCAGGGCAGGCCCCGAGUUUGAGAUCAGCCUGGUCUGCAUAUCAAGAUCCGGGACAGCCAAAGCUAUAUAGAGAAACCAUCUCAAAAAAAUGAAUAAAAAGCAGAAGUUAUGUUCAUAUAUGUUUUCUUGUAUUCUGCCUGCUUCCUUUACCAUAGCAAGCAGCUAAAUUGCUACUGUACUGUUCAGUGGUGAAUUCACAGAAACGGGUGUUGCUCCCCGUGUGCCGCCUUCCUUCUGAAGUGAGUAGUCCCUCAGAGCUUUUUCACAGAAUCUCCCCGGCUGGCUUGCAAGCCUUUGUCAGGCGGUCCACUGCAGUCCACACAGCCCUAGGGGGUUGUGUGCAGUCUGGUUGUUUUUGCUGGUGACGAUCCCAUUAUGCCUGGCUCCUCAUCGACAACAUUCUGGACGUUGUUGUUGUCCCCCAAGCUAGCCAGAUGCUCCUGAGGCAGGGCUGCUUUUGCUGUGUUACCUGGGAAUCUGGAGUUCCAAUAGUGCAGCCUUCUCUUUUCCCACAGUGCAAACUGCUGAAUUCAAUGCCACAGUCCAUCCUGAUCGGCUCUUGGGUGAUUUUCAGACAAGACCUGUUUUCCCUGGGGACUGGUCUUCUAAUGGGUGCCAAGGAAUAGAUAGCAAAUGCAUGGAAUACUUUUAGGGGGUAUCCAUUUGCGAGGAAAGUGGGAUACCCUGUGGCCCUGUUCCUCUCUGCCCGGGAAGUGGCCAGAGAGAGGGUGUGGCCGUGGCUGUAGGCCUCAGCCGCAUAGUCAUCCCUGCUGCUGAUCGCCGGAAGACACCGAUAGUGUCUGCAGUGACUCACUGGUACCUCUCCCUCUCGCUGCACCGCACAAGAAGAAGUCAUCCGGGGACUCUUGUCUUUGGCAUCAUCGCUCUGUCGUGUUCAUUCUACCAAUUCCUCAGACCACAGGCCUCAGUAGAGUCACGCCUCUCCUGCAGGUGACAUUGGGGAUGAUGGUUGGGAGGAAGGCACAGCCAAAGAGCAGGCAGAUGUUAGGGUGGCCACAGUGCAGGUCAGGAAGCCCAGGAGCUGGGAAGGGCUGUUCCUUGUAGUCUGGAGCCUUGCCAACUCUGCCCUCGCUAGCCCUCCAGGUCUUGUCCUUCCCUCUCCUAAGUCCACCUGGUGGGGUGAGGAAUGGGAUCCUCCUCGGGUUGUUUCAGGAAACAAGGGAAAGGCACUUGACGGAUACCCAGAGUAUCCUGCUGUUGAAAUUGCUGAAAGAGCUGUCAUCUGUGGGUACGGUAGUUUUUAUCUUAAUGUUUGUGUGCAGCACAGGCCCCCUGGAAAGGGAAAGCUGCUGUAAUGGAGCAAGUUAAGCAGACAUUCAGGUUUCAGUUUCUGUUUUGGUGAGAUUGCCUUUUGGGGUCUAUAGCCUGGAAAUAUAGAUAGGAGCUAUCUGCGACAUAAUAUAUAUUUUUAAUUUAUUAAGUUCUGAAAUGUGAUUUUUUUUGCAAGAUUAUGAAAAAAGUAAAUAAAUUUGAGCUAGAGAAGUGGCUCAGUGGUUAACAGCACUUCUUGCCCUUCCAGAAGACCCAGGUUCAGUUCACAGCCAUCUGCAACUCCAGUUCCAGGGGGAUCCUAUGCCUCUUCCUACCUCUAUAGGCACUAGACACACAUACAUGGUGUACACUCACAUGUGCAGGCAAAACGGAUCCACACAAAAAAUAAAAAUGAGUAAAUCUGCUGUUUUAUUUAGCUACAUUCCCAAAGGAGGCACUCCACCUGUUACUAGAAGGCUUUGUGCCUAGGCUGUCGGCACUGUGAUGUCAGAAAGUGAUGAUGGAGGCUGACAGGGUGGCCUUUCAUCUCGUUGCAAGUCCCCAGCUUUUAAAUUCGGUGGAAGCAAGCGGGUGUUUCCUCCUGUUAACUACUGGGUCAGAACUGCUGCUCCCCAAGGUUAGCUCCUAAAACAGCUCCCCUAGAGUGUAAUGUGAGCCUGCUUUCAGUUAGGAGAAGAUGAGGAAGAUGCCUGUGAGACAGAUGUCCUUCUUACCAUGCGUUAGUACAGCGCCUUCACCAUGGGCUAGUGGGUAGAGUCUGUUUUUUAAAAUGCAAAGCCCCAUGGUUACAGGUUCAUAGCAUCUUCUAAUUUCUUCCUAAUGAAGUAGCAUAAAGCGGGCACCUUUUUGCCUUUUGUGGUAGUAAGAAGUAGACCCUGGGCUGGUGAGAUGGCUCAGUUGUUGAGACUUGUUGCUGCUUUUUCAGAGGUUCCAGUUCCAUUCUCAGCACCUGGAUCACAGCUCAUGGCUCACAGACUGCCUGUUCCUAACUCCAGCUCCUGGAGAUCAAAUGCCUUCUUCUGGUCUCCAUAGGCAUCUGCGCACACAUGGCAUUCACACACACACACACACACACACACACACAUACACACACACACACACACACUAAUAAUGAAGCAGACAAGUAUGUACUUGAAAGUGACAACAUCAAGUGAUUCAUUCCUAAAAUUUCCCAAAAAAACUGUUGCUUACAAACAGAGAAGGAACUUGGGAUUCAAACUGACUUUUCUCUCAUGUUUAAAGAGACACUGUCCUGGUUCAAUCUUGUCGGCCCAAACCUCUGUCCUGGACAGAUAUUCCCCGGUAGUCACAGUAGCAAGAUGCUAUCAGACAUGGCUGCUGUGACCAGAACGUUUGACCCGGGAGAACUCCCGCUAUUUCACAACUGUGAGACUGUAUUUCAGUCUUGCCGUUUUCCUAUGAAAGAUAACAGAAAUGUACUACAGGAACAAAACUGGGGAUUGCUUAACUUCCUUCCACUCUGAAAACUUCUAUUCUACCUUCUGCUUCCAUAGAUGCAGCCACGUGAACACCCUUGACCUAGAGAGUCAGGGUCUGAUCCCAUAGCCCUCCUUUAGUCUAAACUCUUGGAAGUGCCUACCUAUGACAGCAUCUUCCCACCUCAGCCUGGGGGGCUGACUGCUUCCUUCAGCAGGUACACAGACCUGAAUGUCCAAGUGAGACAGUCUCCUGCUGUAGCUCCGUCACAGUGAUCAACCUCCCAAGCACUCUGCACAUUGCCAUAAUUGGUAGAAACUUAUUGCCACCUUACGGACUCCAUAUUCUUCACCCACAUGUUCUUUUCAUCAGUUGUAGGCCAUUUUAACUUACAUAAGUAAUGAUUUUUUUCCUGCUAAUAUGAAUAUAAUAUGUCAUAAUUUUAACCAAAAAAAAAAAAGAAGAAGAUAAUGAAAUGAAGAGAUUGUCUUUCCCACCCUAAUAGCACUUGGAGAGAGACAUUCUUCCCCGUUCCACUACAGGAAUUAUGGGUGAUUUUUUAAUUAACUACCUAUGAAGAUAUCACCAGAGUCCAAAAGAAACUAUGCACAUAGAAGAAAUACAGUUUUAUCCUGCCUAAGAAAAUUCUAUUAGUAUUCUAUUAGCUUAUAUUUUUAAUAACUAAGCUUAAAACAGUUUAUUUUGGAUAUUACUAGAGCUUUCAGCAAUGAUUAAUAUCUGUCAGGUACGUAUAGAAUCUAUGAAAAAAAAAAAAAGAAUGAUAAGCCUGUGUGAUUAGGAAAUAUACCGAGUCAUGUCAUGGCUAGCCAGUGUCACAAAAUGACCCUGUGUUCCACUAACUUUAAGCAUUGCAGAUUUAGUGCAUGAAAAGAUUUCCUUGUAUUGGGCUCAAGAACUAAGGAGUAAAUAAGUCAUUUGUCAAGGUCAACAGAUACCACGCUGGUGUGCUCUUUGUCCUCAGUCAACUUGGUGACUGGUUAAAUAAGUGUGGCAUGUCCCCAGCAUGCUAACCCCAGACUGGCCUAGCAGACUGACUCCACAGCAAGUGUGUAUCGAUCGAACUGUCUUAAUUCUCAACUCGAGCUUCUGAGCAGUGGCCAGGAUUCAGGAGAUGAUGAAAGCUAUGAGGCACUGUCUCUGAGAUUCUAGAUUUCACACACACACACACACACCUCAUUGUGGUAAUAAGGUUCAGCUAAGGCCAGUAGCAUGGUAUCCCUGAUCAUGUAAGAAUGUGUGGGAGAUGGGUAUGUAGCUCAAAUGAAAGAGUCCUUGCUUAGAAUACCUGAAGCCAUGAGUUCCUUCACCAGUACCACAUAAACCAGGCAUGGUGGAGUAUGCUUUAGAAUCCUAGCACUUGGGAGGUGGAGGUGAGAAGAUCAAGAGUUCAAGGUCAAACUGAGUUACAUGAGAUCAUGAAUCACUGUGUGUUUAAGAAAUGCAGGAAAGAUGUAUUGUUCUCUCCUUUAAUAAUUAUGUUCGUUUACAAUAAAUAAUGGCAACAGACUAUUUCGUACUCUCCAGUCUUUAUAAUGCAAUACCUGUUCUUUCUCUAAAAUCCAAAUAAAGAGUUUUAAAACUUGCA